AUGUCUGCUUUACCAGGGGGAGUUGUUCUUUUGGGGGAUGGGAGGUCUGACAGUCCAGGUCACUGCGCCAAAUAUGGAGCCUUUACAGUUAUUGAGAAAAGAGUAAACAAAGUCUUAGAUGUGCAACUUGUUCAAGUACGAACAUGGCAUUUUAAUAAUUUAUCUUUAUUUCCUUUUUUGUUCAGUUAUGUGUAAAGUGCUUUUGUCUGUGCCUACUAGUCUAAUGAGGUGCGGAUCAGUUCUUGGUGUGAACACGGGGGUCUUCUUAAUAUGGAACGAUUUCUGGCUACCAAAGGGCUUCUACUCGAUGUCAUCAUUACUGACAGAAAUCGUCAAAAUGCCGCUUUUACAUUUGCAACAAAAUAAAGCCAAAAGGAACUACGCAUUACUACGACAUCUGGCAAGUAAAGCGUUUAUACAACUAAGCACUCGACCUGCCCAACUCAAUAGUGAAUUAUAAUAUCUUUAUUGUGUUGACGGGUGUAAAAGUAUUUUGUUUUUAGGUAUUGGCAAGAAAAUUGACGCUUUGGCAAAACAAAAAGAUUGCGAAGAUGCAGGCUUGUAG